CCGGGCCGGCCCCGGAUGCUGGCGGCUCCGGGCGUGCGCGGCGGCCCGGGGCAGGGCGGGCGGAGCCUGGCUCUCAUCCGCGCACCACUGGCAGCCCCGCGGCCCGGCCCGAGGGGGCGGGAUUCGCUGACCGAGGCCGGCGUGUGGCGGGGUAGCGGCCGCCGCGCCAUGGGGCCCCCCGCCGAGACCGAUCUCUACCGGGACACGUGGGCGCGCUACCUGGGCUAUGCCAAUGAAAUUGGAGAGUCCUUCAGAGCCAUUGUGCCCAUCUCGCUGGUCUGGGCAAGCUACGGUGUGGCUACCACAUAUGUGACAGCUGACGCGAUUGAUAAGGGAAAGAAGGCAGCUGUUGCACAUGAAUAUGAUGCGGGGAAGACGACGCGGGUGGUUGUGGCUGUGGUGGAUACGUUUGUGUGGCAGGCGCUGGCCUCCGUAGCCAUCCCUGGCUUCACCAUUAACCGCAUCUGUGCUGCCUCCCUUUACCUCCUGGGCACCAUGACCCACUGGCCCCUCCCCAUCAGGAAUUGGAUGACCACAGCCAUCGGCCUCUCAGCCAUUCCCAUCAUCAUCAAGCCCAUUGACAGGUCAGUGGAUUUCCUGAUGGACUCCAGCCUUCGCAAACUCUAUGGUGCAGAAGAGAAACAUCCCUCUUCUUCCAAGGCAGCCCCCCCGCCCCCUCAUGGCUGAAGUGGAGCAGGGGGGAGAACUCCUCUCACCCACCCAGGUCCACACCUCACAACUGACUACUGUAUUAGAGUAAUUUUCUGCUGUUAUGCCAACUUACUGUGACAUCAGGACAGCAGAACAAGUGGGCUGGGCAGUCCUGCCCCAGUGCAGGCGCACCUCUGCUUCAGAGGCAUUAGCACCAGGCCUGAAUUACCAGGAGCUGGUUGUCCUACCCAAAUGCUGGAAGCCCAGCUCCUCUGGCAGUGUGGGAUUUCAGGGUUGUUUUUGGUCCUUUGUGGCCUGAUUCAGGGAGUAUUGGGGGGAGGGGGAGGAGAAGAGGAAUUGCUACCAAAACCCCAAUGGUAUUAAUACAGGCUAGGCUGGGAGAGGCUCUAAGUUACAAAGCCAUGGGACAGGUUAGGUUUGGCCUAUUGAGAGAUCUGUAUUUACUGUCAAAAACCCUGUUCUGGGGGUUAAUUGUACUAACUCACAUUCAUCUAGCUGGCUCCAGUUCCUGCUGUUUGACUAGUCAGGUUCCCCCUGUAAGACAACUCUGCAAUUCCCUCUCCUCAGAAUAAACCCCUUUAACCUGAA